AUGUCUACAAAUGGUAGAGCUGGCUACUGCACCACAAUUGAAGAUACACAAGGAGUUCAUCCUAGAAAACUAAAGUUGAUUAAGCAAAAAGCCAGUCAAGAUACUAAGGAUGAUUUAAGCAGUGAAAAUGAAGAACAGCAAAGAGUCAGUCAAGAUACUAAGGAUGAUUUAAGCAGUAAAGAUGAAGAACAUUUUAACACUGAAGAAGAAAAACAAGAUUCUGACAGUGGUUCUCAAGAUUCAGAGACUUCGACAACAUAUGGAAUUUCUAUUCCAACUCUAAGUCAAAGUGGUGUUUACAAAGCUACAAUGAAAGCAGGAGAAAAAUUAAAAGAACAUUUUAUUGAAACUCUAAGAAACGAAAAGUGGAGCUUGCACUUUGAUGGGAAGCACAUAAAGAAUACAGAGUACCAGGUUGUAGUUCUAAAAAAUGAAAAUAGAGAAGUUAAACUAGCAGUUCUUGCACUGAUAAAUGGAAAAGGUGAAACAAUAUUUAAAGGAAUAAAAACUGUGCUUGAUGAAUAUAAGCUAUGGCCUGCAAUUAAGUUAAUAAUUUCUGAUACAACCUCUGCAAAUACAGGAAAAUCUGUUGGGGCAGUCACACGACUACAAAAGCAUUUUGUUAUGCUUGGAUUAGACAAACCUCUUUAUAUUGGAUGCCAGCAUCAUGUUCUUGAUACAUUACUAAAACAUGUGAUGAAUGAUUAUUUUGAAGCAGCAACAACCUCGCCUAAUCUCAAUUAUUGGUUCAUUAGCAGAAUAACAGAAGAGUACCAGCAACUGAAAGCAUCUUUUGACAAUUCUGGAGAUGCUCUGAAGGAAGAAGAAGAAGUUGUUUGGAGAGAUGAUAUGGCUUUCCUUCAUCACUUGAUCACUUGUUACAGACAGUUUAAGAAAACAGGAUGCUUCCCUAAAUCAGCUGAAGAUCAGUCAUCAUGUGACUUUAUUAGUGGCACGUGGAGUGACAUCUGGUUUUCUGGUCAGGUUUAUAAUGAGGAUAACUUGGCAGCCGUUUGCAAAAAUCACUCAAAGGCAAUAAAGACUUUAAGGACUUUUUGGUCGGUUGAGCCGACUCCAAUCCCAACUCAAAGGAGCAAGCAGUAUUGCUCGGUGUGUUCGUAUGCAACGUGUUGUUUGCCAGCCUACCGAAAACACAUCAAGGCCAUGCAUGCGUACAAGUCUGUUAACACACUCCUAUUCCUUAAAAAGUCAUCCAGCCACCAUCCAGCAGCUAAGUUUGUCAACAGGACAGAGUUAUAUUGUCAGUGUGGUUAUGCCAGUAACCAAGGGAAUGUCAUGGCCUGCCACAUGGUGGCGUGUAUGAAGCUCACCUGCUACACAUCCCAGCCAGCGAAAUCGCAGGACCCAUACAUCGAGUACAACUACGCAGACGACUUCCUGUAUAUGAACAGACACGAAGUUAAGCAGGAAGAUGAAGAGAGCUGUGUCAGCUAUGGAAUGCAAACAGGCAGUUCUCCAUCAACCAAUAGAAAAAGUAGGUGCAUGAUUGACAAAGGGCGUGAACCAACCCCAGUAGAGAUGUGUCGGUCAAUAAUUGAGGAUGUUCUGGACUGCGUGUUCCCUGUUGAAACAGUCGUAGGAGAGUGCCUGGACGAACUGUUGAACAGAACUUUUUCAACGAUCAGAAAGAUUGAUAAGCGGGAUAGCCUAAAAAUUGCAAGGGAGAGGAAAGCAAUGAGGAAAAAGAGACGUAACAGUGUUCCCCGUCGUGCCAUUCAACAACAACAUACAACCACCCACGAAGCUGAUGAUGUGUCCAUUAAAACGGAACCUGGAGACGAGUGUACGGAUGAUAAUAACAACGUCAUAGACGAACAUGCAGUCUAUACCAGUGGUAACGUCAUUGGUGAGAUCAUUGAUGACGUCAGAGAAGGGGCUACGGAGGAUGAGGAAAGGGAUUUCGAAGUGAAAGUAGAGAUGGAAGAGAGUGGCACUGACUCUGGCAUUUCAAAAGUUAAUGCAUCUCUAGAAUGUAAUGAACAUGUAACAGUGUGUAGUGAUCCUGCCGACGUCAGUGAUAAAGUUGCUUAUGAUGUUGUACCCGGAGAGACUGCAUCUUUGAUCAACUCCGUUGACUAUGAUCGCGAUGAUAAUGUAACUGCUAAUCCUGAUAGCCAUACUGAAAAUUCGGAGACUUGUUUUCAGGAUGAAGAUGCCGAAUUUGUGAAGAAGGAAGUGGAUCACGUCGAGAAUGGAUAUAAUCCUGUAGAGAUGAAUGCCGAUGAUGAAAUUGAUUGCAUCGAGAUGAGUCAAGCUGUUGACUGUGUUGGGGUGAACAGAAAUGAUGAUGUUGGUGAUGAAAGGGAAGGAGGUAUAGGUGAGUCUUUUCAAAAGGAGGAAAAUGUUUGCGUUGAAGAUAACAGUGAUUGUGAUGAAAUGAAUGAAAAUGAUGGCGCUGGGAUUGGAAAUGAUUGCGAUGAGAAUGAAGAUGGUUGUGAUAAAAAGAAUGAAGAUGAUUGUGUUGAGAAUGAAAAUGAUUGUGUUGAGAUUGAAAAUGAUUGCAUUGAGAAUGAAAAUGAUUGCAUUGAGAAUGAAAAUGGUUGUGAUAAAAAGAAUGAAAAUGAUUGCGAUGAGAAUGAAAAUGAUUGUGUUGAGAUUGAAAAUGAUUGUGAUAAAGAGAAUGAAGAUGAUUGCAUUGAAAAUGGAAAUAAUUGCGUUGAAAAUGAUUGCAUUGAGAAGGAAAGUUAUCAUGAUAAAAAGAAUGAUGGUUGUGUCGAGAGUGAAAAUAAUUGUGCUGCAAACGCUUGUGUUGAGAACAAAAAUGAUUAUGAUGAAAGGAAUGAAAAUAAUUGUGUUGAGGAUGAAUAUGAUUGUGAUAUAAAGAAUAAUGUUGGUUGCAUCGAGAACGAAAAUGAUUGUGUUGAAAAGAAUGAUGACGAUUGCUAUGAGAAGAAUGAAGAUGAAUGCGUUGCUGAAAAUGAAGUCAACCUUGAUGCUGUCGCGAAUGCUCAAUCGGUGAAUGUUGGAAAAAUGGAGCCUGAUGAUACCGGCGACAAUGAUUGUGAUUCCUUCUUUGGUGAGGUUGGGAGCCGUGAUAAAAAUCUUAAAAGUGUUGAGGACGACGAUGAUAUUUUAUUAAGCGACCACAGUGGUGAUCAUAUUGCCAUGAAUAACAGCAGUACAGUCGGUGAUGUACAUGGCUUAAAUGAGGUGGAGGAUUGUGAUGCGAACUGCAACGACGAUGCCGGCGCCGAUGAUUUGAACUGUGCGACUGAAUUGCAGAAAGGAGGUUGCAAGGGUGAUGACGAUUGCAAAAAAUGUAGUGAUGAUGAAAGCGAAAUCAUGUUAAGUGACGUUGGUGAAAAUACGAUACAAAAGGAAACCCGCCUGUCCCUCUCAGAAACUAAUGGUGAUUAUGACAUGGAUUGUGAUGUUGAUGAUGACGUGCUGAUUGAUGUUGAUCCAUAUGUCGAAGAGGCUAUUGACUGAAUUGUUCAUGUUUUAAGUUAAUGUGACAUUAACGAUACGAGAUGAUAAUAUUUAAUUAAAUGUCAAAUUUAACUUUUUUUUUUAUUGCGUUUACGUUUUACAUUGUUUAAUAAAACCCUACUUCUCAUUUUCGUAA